CGAGCAUCUGAAUUUCGAUUACGUGACCAUGCGGGUGCCGCAAUGGUUGUAAGUGUGAAAAACAGUCAUGAGUCACUUUUUUCAGCACCAUUGUAACUUUGAACGGUCACUAAAUGAACUGCUGUAAGUCAAGGGCUUCCUGUAUCCCCACUGCAGUACUCUUCCACCUCUAGGAUGCUCAGAGUCUGGGAAAUCCAACAGGCACUGUCCCACACGGCACUUUCCCACAAAUCAGCAUCGCGCGUUACACCGACCUUUCGGUCUUUCUAGCCACUUGCAAUCUCUAUCCAUUACUCGCAGCCAUCUCCCCAAAACAUCACGGUUGGGGGCGUGGGAGAAAGAGGGAGAGAGAAAAUCUCCUCCCCACUGGAGGAGAGCCCAAGACGCGAGCGCUCCCUUCCCCGUGCAGAACGCGCUAGUGAACGUGGGAAGGUGGCGCGAGCGUGCAAAAUGCCUCGGGAAAGCUUCUCGCUGCUGCAAGCAGCGCGUCUAGAUCAGGAAACGGAGCGAAAGGGACGCGCGGAGAGCAAACCCCUUCCCAAUGGGGUUUGUUGGGAACGUGGGACGGCUGUUUAUUUUCUUGGAGUCGAGGCCGGCCCCCCGCAUCUUUGCACCGACGCCAGCCCUGCGGGGGCGAAGCAAUUCCGCGGGAUCGCGUGGCCUUUGGUCUCUUGAGAAGGCAGCCUUCCUUGAGUUCUCUUGGACUUACUUUCCGGUAAGCGUGCUGCAAUCCUAUACCUGUUUGGUAAUCCUCGCUGAACUCAAUGGGCUUUCUUUCUUUCUAGGGGAGCAAAUAGUGAGCUGCACUACUGCAGGUGGCGUAGUAUUAGAGCCAGGAAGAUUUACUCCUUGGAAAACGCAGAUUCAGAUUCCCUGCCAUCGAUCCUGAACCCCACUGGGUCACUUUCUCCCAUUGCAAUCUCUAAACUUAACUUGCCUUGCAAGCUUGUUAAGAAUAGGAACAAAAGGUGGACUAGCCGGUCUUUGGAAGGAUAAACACACUAGAGGCCCUCCAGUCCAGCUCAGCUGCAGGUGACGGCAUGAACUGUCCAUGUUGUUUUCUGGGCAAUAAUUACAACACUCUGACAUUACUUUUUCCAGUGUUUCCGCCCCUCCUCUGAAUUAUCCCAUCCAAUUUACAGCAGCGGGAUUUCCCCCAUUCAGUUACCAAAUCUCCCACCCACAUAUGUUAUUAUGCCAGGGCAAAUGUAUAACAGCACUUGCCACAUAUUAAUUUAUAUGAUACAAAUGUGUGUUAACCUUUUGAUUCCAAUAGCAUUAAAAAAAAUAAUCACAAAAAACUAAGGAGAACUAAGGAGAAACUUCCUGACAGUGAGAACAAUUAACCAGUGGAACAACCUGCCUCCAGAAGCGAGAUCCAGUUCCGCAGUACAGAAAGAUGGACUAACACCUUUUUCUACACACACAACUCAAAGUUUUGGAACGAACAGAGACAGGCAGGUCAAGUUACUAGUCUGCCCUGUGAAAAACUGACAAAGCUGGUUAUGUUGCUUUCAGGCUACCUGUGAUAAAGGACCAGUUUUCUAGCCAGGAAUAAAAAUGCAGGCAUUCACAAGCUCUGAGCAAGCUCCAGGGGAGAAAAUGGAGGAAGGAGGACGCGAUCGUAAUGUUCUCCAGGAGGACUGUGUUGGAAAAAUUCUAUCCAAUGUGGAUCCCCUGCAGAUUAAAGGAGAGCAAGUUGUGGAGCUGGAUUCCGAAGGUCCAUGGUGUAACAUCCAGAAAGGAACUCAUUCAAAAGAAAGCCAACCUCAGCUGCCUGGAUCCGAAGAGUGGGAUGACCAUAAUUCUUCUAUCACAUUGUUAGGGGCCAUUGCUCGUGCCAACCCAGGUCUUAGAAGAAUGGUUGCAUCUGAAAUCCUACCAGGCUUUUGUAGGAAAGCUCAUGCCACCUCCGAAAGCUUGGAUUGUCCUCUGAAAGCUGGAGAGGAAGCACUGGAGAAGGACAAGAUCAGUUUGGAGCAACCGUGCCAGCGAUUCAGGCAGUUUCGCUAUGAGGAGGCUGAGGGACCUCGAGAAGCACUUGGGCACCUCCAGGAUCUUGGCUCUCAAUGGCUGAAGCCUGAAAGUCACACAAAGGAGCGGAUCAUAGAGCUGGUGAUCCUGGAACAGUUCCUGGCAAUUCUGCCGUCAGAGAUGCAAAACUGGGUUAGGGAAGAUAACCCAGAGACCUGUCUCCAAGCGGUGGCCGUAGCAGAAGAUUUCUUGCUGUGGAAAGAAGAAUCUGAAAUACAAGAAGAGCAGACCAGUUCCAUCAAAAUAAAACAGCCUUUGUUGGAAACAGGAAAGGUGGCAGCUGAACAAAGGGCAGAUCAUCAGAUCCACUUGUUAGAAAUGGUUGAAAACAAGCGGAGGCCAUUUAUGAAAGGAAUUUCUCAACUGAUGGGACUUACUGGGGUUCCAUUUGAUAAAGCCAAAGGGGAAAUUUUCUCCUUGCCCCCAAUGGGAAGGAUGGCAAUAUGUCAUCAAGAGACAGAGAGGAAUGAAGGGAGGCCCUUAGAGCAAGGAGAAGCCAAAAAACAUACCUGUGAGAAACAAGAUGACAAAAUCUUCAGUCGAAACAGCUGGGAGAGAAUGCCCAGAGAAAAUGCUCAUGACCUUUCUAAGGGUCAAAAAUUGGAAGCUGAAAAAAAGCCAUCCCAAUCUAAUGAGGACGGUGAACAUUGGGAGUCCAUUUUUGAGCAGAAGAAACAAAUGAGAAUAGACUCGACCAUGGAUGGUCAGGAUGGGUUGCAUCAAAAAGUUAAUCAAAGUAGUCUGCAGAGGAUCCCUGUUGGAGAGAAACCAUACGAAUGUUCCAAGUGUGGGCACGAUUCCAGUCAGACCUUAGAUCUGAGGGGAGGAAGUCUUCGUAUAUGUUUGAAUUGUGGUAAAAGCUUUCUCUCCAGUUCGUCCACAGGAAAGCAAGAGAAUGCAUAUGAUGAAGAGAAUCCAUCCAGACAUUCAGAACAUGAGAAGAGGACCCCACAGCCUCCUGACUUUCAGAUGGGAGAGAAACCAUACAUGUGCACGGAUUGUGGGAAAAACUUCAGCUUUAGGUCAAGUCUUGUCCGCCAUCAGAGACUCCAUACUGGAGAGAAACCAUACAAAUGUUUAGACUGUGGAAAGAAUUUCAGCCAGAGUUCAAACCUUCUGAACCACCAGAGGAUCCACACAGGGGAGAAACCAUACAGCUGCACCGACUGUGGGAAAUCUUUCAGCAACAGUUCAAGCCUGACAUCCCACGAGAGAACUCACAGGGGGGAGAGACCGUAUAAGUGCGCCAGCUGCGGGAAAUUUUUUAGUUGCAACUCAGUUCUCCGAAUCCACGAGAGGAUUCACACAGGGGAAAAGCCCUACGUGUGUUUGGAGUGUGGGAAAGGCUUCAGCCGGAGAGAAUUCCUGGUUGGCCACCAAAGAACUCACACAGGGGAGAAACCGUACGAAUGUGCAGAAUGUGGGAAGAGCUUCAGUCAGCGAUCCAACCUGAUUAAUCAUCAGAGAAGCCACAGGGGAGAGAAGCCCUUUGAGUGCUUGGACUGUGGGAAAAAAUUCAGUCACAAAGCGUCCCUCUUGAAACACGAGAGAAACCACGCGCAUGGGCCAACCGUGGACAAGGAUUUAGCCAGAACUGAUGCAAUAAUGCAUGUGGAACAUAGCAUGAAUAUGGGGUAGAUCUCCUCAACGGUUGUCAACAAACAGAAAUUCCACAUACGAAUGACACAAGGUUUUGCUUCCUUUGAAGGUAACCAUCUUUUCGGCCUAAAAUAAAACAGAAGGAGCAAUUCAUAGAGUUGAAGCAGUGAGGAAGAAAAUGUUGAUAGUAGGUCAAGCUUCCCCUGAGGUUGUCUCUUUUUCUAUAAAGACUGUGGCAGACAUUUUUUGCAUCCCAAAUAUCACCUAUCUGGCACAGAAGAAAGGAAUCUGCAAGCUUGGAACACUGAGGUUUUCAGACUUGUCAAAAAUUAAAGUAAAUGGGUCUCUCCCCCGCCCCUCCAAAGACCUCCAAGGUCCCUUCCAACUCUCUGUAUUCUAUAGAAAAAGAAAGAAGGGCUGAGCAUGCUCAGUAAGCACUGGGAAGGUGAGCAGGAAGGAUAAUGCAAUGAUGUACCCUGAAAAAGGGCACGGCUGACAGAAUUGUCACUAGUUCUUGGUGUAUCUAAUUUUUACUACACUCACAAACAGUGCCACAGAUUCAUGGUGUGGGUGUCACAGUGUUUCUUAGCUCAGAAGGUUCUUUCAAACUUGCCACCGCCACCAGAGAAAGCAGUCUGGUGCCAUUCAGUGUCUGCUGUGGGCUUUCCUCAACCUCUUGCCUUAGAAUGCGGCGCUUAGAAUUCUGGGAGUUGCAGUUCAGCUGUGUGGCCUUCUAGGGAGCAGAUCCCAGAAUGCAUCUGGAAGGAGGGCAGCAGGUGGGGAAACUGUAUUGCCACGUUCUGUGGGUAUGGCUAAGUCCCCCCACGCUUGUCCAGAUGCAAACAAGAAGUUUGUACUGGGGUCCAUUUUACCUGCACCCGGCUUCUUUGUUGUGCAAGACUGUGGCUGUAGAAAGUACAAGUAAGUCCUUGACUUACGACCACACAAACUCUAUCAUGCGAAAUUGUAAUAUUCCAAGUUUGUAAGGAUGAUUGAAAUAAUGUAAAAAGUUCACUGAGGAUAUACAGGUAAUCCUUGACUUACAACAGUUCAUUUAGUGACCGUUCGAAGCUACAACGGUAUUGAAGUGAUUUAUGACCAUUUUUCACAGUUACGACCAUUGCGGCAUCCCCAUGGUCACAUGAUC